GCGCAUCCGCAGUUUGUGGCUUGAACCGGAAGUAGAUGAGUAGCUCAAAUCAUGGGCCUGAUGCUGAGCUAAACGUUAUUUUAUCAGUCGUAGCGUUGGUUUAUAUCCUGUUAAAACAACAUGAAGAUAAAUGAGAACACUUUACUGGAGGGGCAACAAGUCGUGUUGGUUCCUUACAACGCAGAGCACGUGCCCAGGUACCAUGAGUGGAUGAAGUCUCCUGAUCUGCAGCAGCUGACCGCCUCAGAGCCGCUAAACCUGGAACAGGAGUACGAGAUGCAGCAGAGCUGGAGGGAAGAUGAUGACAAGUGCACAUUCAUCAUCUUGGACAAGCAGCGGUGGGCCGACGGGAGCGUAGAGGAGGAGCAGUGCAUGGUGGGAGAUGUCAACAUCUUCCUGACGGACCCCACAGACCCAUCCCUGGCUGAGCUGGAGGUCAUGGUAGCAGAGCCCGGUCACAGAGGCAAGGGCAUCGGGAAAGAGGUGACACGCAUGAUGAUGAGCUACGGAGUCACUAAACUCGGUGUCAAACAGUUUGAAGUGAAAAUUGGUCUGGACAACAAAGUCAGCAUCGCCAUGUUCAAGAAACUCCACUUCCAAGAGGUGUCCGUGUCUAAGGUGUUCAAGGAGGUGACCCUGGAAAUGAGGGUGGACGAGUGUGUCCGGGCGAGGCUGCUGGACGACACAGCCGACAUGAAGGAGAGGGACUACGGACAGACCUGCAGAAACAGACAGGAGCUUGUUACGAAGUGAAGUGCCAAGCUGCACUCACGUCUCACACGACACUUCCUGCUUUAAAAAUUAUCGUUCUGAAAUUUGAACUUUUUGGACAUUUACACACAUCUGUAGGGACGAGAAGCACAUUUAAUAGUGAGGAGGGAUUGGUUGUUUAUGUAAGUAUUUUAUGUUGGGAUGUAUUCUACUAUUUUUCUCACUGUUUCAUUUCAGUGAGGAACAUUGUACUUUUUGCAUCAUAUUUAUCUGACAGCUGGGGUUACUAGUAACACAAUGGCUUAACAUGCGGACACAUGAACAUGUCAUUCCAAAACAAAGGCUUUUAAUCUGCUGCUAUAAAAAAAUGUGUACUUUUUGCAAUAUGAUUUUGCGUAUUGCAGAUCCAGUUUUUACUUUCAACAUGAGUUAAAUGUCACGUAUGUUAAAACAAGUGUUGAGGAUCUCUGAAAACUUACUUCUCACUGUUUUUGCUCUCCCAUUUUUUCUUAUUAUACCUUCACCUUAUUUCAUUUUUGUUUACUGCUCUCUUAUCUGUAGACAUUGAACUCUCCUCUUCUUCUUUACUACUCUAUUACUGAUUACUUCAUUCAUAUGAGAUGACAUUUAACUGCAAUUACUUAAGUAAAAAAUCUGUAAAACCUUUA